UCAUUUAAGCUACAGUUAAUUCUCUUAUCAACUCAGUUUUAAUAAAAUAUUUGAACGGGCAACUUGUACUAAACAAAAGUGUAGUAGUUUUUUAAAAUGAUUUUCUCCGCCAGAAUAAUCACAUUCUUAAUUUUGGCAUUGGUUGUUCUAAUCAACUCUACACCAUUACCGAAUCAUGUUCAAGAACGACAUCAACUAUUAAAAACACGAUUAAAAAGACAAAUUGAUUUGACCCUAUCUGCUGAACAUGAUGACAAAGAAGAUGAAACUGAAAUCGCAUUAGAAGCCAUUGCAAAUCUGUGGCGUAGUACCGAUGGCAAUACUCAGAUAGACGGCUCGGCCAAAGUUUUACAUCGUUCGAGCUCCUUGCAAAACGGUUCCGGUUCUGAUUGGCGUUUGGGUGUCCGUGUACUCUUUACAUAAAUAAAAUAUACUACUAUGUUAAAUAAUUAAAUUGUUGGAGGUGAUUUUUUUUUAAAUUCCACAUAAAUUCCAUAUGUAUUUAGUCGUACAUGUACGAGAUGUAGAAUGAUAAACUUCUUGAACUUUUUAAUGUGUAUUAAUAUGUGUGUUUUGUUUUUUACUUUUGUUUAUUGUAUUUUCAUUAUUGUUUUUAAAUGAAUAUAAUUUAAAAAUUACAUGGAAUUUUCAAAUUGUUUAACCAAGAACAUUCAGUUUUAAAAUAAAGAAACGAAAUUGAAAAAA